CAAAGAGGGGCGGGGAGAGGCGGGGGCGCUGCAUGCAACGCGCUGGCUCCAGCGGCGCCCGCGGGGAAUGUGACAUCAGCGGCGCCGGGCGCUUGCGGCUGGAGAAGGCAGCUCGCCUCGGCUGCGCGGUGCACACCUCGCCCGGGGGAGGACGCGGACUCGGGCAGGCGGCCGGGAUGUCGGCGAAGGAGAGGCCGAAGGGCAAAGUGAUCAAGGACAGCGUGACCCUCUUGCCCUGCUUUUAUUUCGUGGAGUUGCCUAUAUUGGCAUCAUCAGUGGUUAGCCUGUAUUUCCUUGAACUCACGGAUGUCUUCAAACCUGUGCACUCUGGAUUUAGCUGCUAUGACCGGAGUCUUAGCAUGCCGUAUAUUGAGCCAACCCAGGAGGCAAUUCCAUUCCUCAUGUUGCUGAGCUUGGCUUUUGCUGGACCUGCAAUUACGAUUAUGGUAGGGGAAGGAAUUCUCUACUGUUGCCUGUCCAAAAGAAGAAAUGGGGUUGGACUGGAGCCCAACAUUAAUGCCGGAGGCUGCAAUUUCAACUCCUUCCUUAGAAGAGCCGUCAGAUUCGUUGGUGUUCAUGUGUUUGGACUGUGCUCCACAGCUCUCAUUACAGAUAUCAUACAGCUCUCCACAGGGUAUCAGGCACCAUACUUUCUGACCGUGUGCAAGCCAAACUACACCUCUCUGAAUGUGUCUUGCAAAGAAAAUUCCUACAUUGUAGAAGAUAUUUGCUCAGGAUCUGACCUUACGGUUAUCAACAGUGGCAGGAAAUCAUUUCCUUCUCAACAUGCGACCCUGGCUGCCUUCGCGGCUGUGUACGUUUCGAUGUACUUCAAUUCCACAUUAACAGAUUCCUCUAAGCUUCUCAAACCUCUCUUGGUCUUCACCUUUAUCAUCUGUGGGAUCAUCUGUGGGCUCACACGGAUAACUCAGUAUAAGAACCACCCAGUUGAUGUCUACUGUGGCUUUUUAAUAGGAGGAGGAAUUGCUCUGUACUUGGGCCUAUAUGCUGUGGGGAAUUUCCUGCCUAGCGAAGAGAGUAUGUUUCAGCACAGAGAUGCCCUCAGAUCUCUGACAGACCUCAACCAAGACCCCAGCCGAGUUUUAGCCGCUAAAAAUGGCAGCAGCAGCGAUGGAAUUGCUCACACAGAAGGCAUCCUCAACCGAAACCACAGAGAUGCUAGCUCGUUGACAAACCUCAAAAGGGCAAAUGCCGACGUAGAAAUCAUCACUCCACGGAGCCCCAUGGGGAAGGAGAACAUGGUUACCUUUAGCAAUACCCUGCCUAGAGCCAACACCCCAUCUGUAGAAGACCCUGUCAGAAGAAAUGCCUCCAUUCAUGCCUCUAUGGAUUCUGCUCGAUCAAAGCAGCUUCUCACCCAGUGGAAGAAUAAGAAUGAAAGUCGGAAGUUGUCCCUGCAAGUUAUAGAGACUGAGCCUGGACAGUCACCACCUAGAUCCAUAGAAAUGAGGUCAAGUUCAGAGCCCUCCAGGGUGGGGGUGAAUGGAGACCACCAUGCUCCCAGCAAUCAGUACCUCAAGGUCCAGCCUGGCACUGUUCCCGGGUGUAACAAUAGCAUGCCUGGGGGACCCAGAGUGUCCAUUCAGUCACGCCCUGGAUCCUCACAGUUAGUGCACAUCCCUGAGGAGACCCAGGAAAACAUAAGCACCUCCCCCAAAAGCAGCUCUGCUCGAGCCAAGUGGUUGAAAGCUGCCGAGAAGACUGUGGCCUGUAAUAGAAGCAACAGUCAGCCCCGAAUCAUGCAAGUAAUCGCUAUGUCCAAGCAGCAGGGCGUCCUCCAAAGCAGCCCCAAGAACACCGAAGGCAGCACGGUCUCCUGCACUGGCUCCAUCCGCUACAAAACCUUGACAGACCACGAACCCAGUGGGAUCGUAAGGGUUGAGGCUCACCCAGAGAACAACAGGCCCAUCAUUCAGAUCCCGUCCACGGAGGGUGAAGGUAGUGGCUCCUGGAAAUGGAAAGCCCCUGAAAAGGGCAGCCUUCGCCAAACUUAUGAGCUCAAUGAUCUCAACAGGGACUCAGAAAGCUGUGAGUCCCUGAAAGACAGUUUUGGCUCUGGAGACCGCAAGAGAAGCAACAUAGAUAACAAUGAGCAUCACCACCAUGGCAUCACCACCAUCCGGGUCACCCCAGUAGAGGGCAGCGAAAUUGGUUCAGAGACGCUGUCCAUUUCUUCCUCCCGCGACUCUACCCUGCGGAGAAAGGGCAACAUCAUCUUAAUCCCUGAAAGAAGUAACAGCCCUGAGAACACUAGAAAUAUCUUCUACAAGGGAACCUCCCCAACGCGGGCUUACAAAGAUUGAGUGAUGGAAUUCAGUCACUUGAGCGAACCCCAAAAGACCACGUGUUGAUUCUAUCUGUGCUCUGUUCCAGCGGAUUGAGAAGCCUUCUCAUCAAACUGGGUCAUCUACCAUCAGCCCGGAGCUCAAUGACUCUUGAGAACUACUACACUCAAGCUUGUAGAUUUCACAUCAAGGGGAGGGAAAAGCACAAUGAAAGAACCUAAGUAAUGUGAUAAUGUGAAGAAUCGUAAGACCUAUCUUCAAACUCAAAAGGUUUGCAGAAGGCAGUAUCAGAAGAAAGUGGUUUCCUUCUGUGUAUACUAUUUUACUUCCUGAAUGUGCCAACUUUAGGGAUUUUUCUUUAUAAUUAGCUGUGGGAAUCCAGAACCCAUGUUUCCCUACAGCAGAGGCCAUGCAGUAUUAUAUAUUCAUUUUGCAGAAUCUGCACCUAAAGCUCAGUAAGGGUGGUGCUGAUUAUUAUAGUACAUAUACCAUGUAAACUCUCAAAUUCUAUUUAGCUGUGAAAUAGUGGUGUGCAAUUCCUUGUCAAAGAAAUGCUACUGUAUUAAGAAGAUGCUGGCUGCUUUGUGUUAGAAUAGGACACCCCGCAGCUUCUCUGUAGUGGCUCUGUCACAGUCAAAAAAACACGAAAAGGUUUUGUGCAUUUCUUCAAAAUUAUGCUUUCUUCGACAACAAAAAUUGUGUAGGAAUAUUUUCAGUGAGAGGGAGUAACUAGUACUUUUCUACAUAGGUUUUUUUUUUUUUUUUUUUUGCUGCUUACUUUUUAAGUAUAGGUACUACUACUGAUUCUGUUUUUUAGUGAGUAAAUUUGCAUAAUUUUAAAAAUACAUCUUUUUAGAGUCUUUUGAAAUUGUUGUGAUCAUAUUUUGCAUUUUAUGGCUCCUCCUUUAUUUAUGAAUUAAAAUAUUUUUUUGAUGUUAUGGAUAUGUUUUUCUAUUUUUAAAGCAAGAAUAACAGUUGACAUUCCUUGAGCAAAAUAUAUCGCUGUGAAUUUAUAAACAACUAAUCUGAACCAACACUUGACAUUGUGGGUUACAUUGCCAGCAAUAUUGGUUGAGUCUAUCCUUGGAUGUCUCCAACCAGCUGGCUUUGGUUGCUAUCUUAACAAGUAAUCCAAAAACUUCAUUUUGUUCCAGAUUAUUAAUUUUUGAUAUCCUAACAACCAGUAAAUUAGAGCAACAGGAGUUGGGUUUUACCUUCUUCCCUCAGAUAUUUUGUUAACUGGACAUCAACAGGAAGAAUCUG